AACUGAACAAAGGCAGAAGAGGGAUCAAUUUCUAAUAACUAUCAAUGCAAACACCGCUAGCUUUCGCCUCGCGCGCGCCCGAAACGGCACAACACGCGCCGGACUACGGUAAGAAGACGCCCCGCCGCGAAAAUAAGCCCGGGAAGAUGGAACAAACGGAUCAGUGUCGCUGGAAAUGGCCAGUUUACAAUGACGGCGUAUGUUGAGUCCUGUGGGUAAGGAGCACUACCUACUGGACACACUGGGUAAAUGAAUGCUCAUAGGGAUAAAGGGUGGGACAUGGAGCCAAAGUCAGUAGCCAAGUAAAAACCCUGAUCAUCUAACUUGAUGUAAUUGACUGCAAGUCCAAGUACCACGAGAGGAUUUACGUUAAAUGCAAAUACGAAAUUAUCUCUAAAAUGAAUUUGAUACAGAUUAAACACCAUUAAACAGUAUUUUUCCAAAUUUGACACACACAAGAAAUAAAAAAUAAAGAUUUUAUUUUCAUUAUAUGGGCCAAUAAUUUCAAUUUAUAUUCUCAUAUUAAUUACAUUUUAUACUAUCUAAAUGCAAACUCAGUUAAAUUCAGAGGAAUAUAAAUAAAAUAUAUACAAACGAGGAACAAGUACUACAAAUGUGCAACUUGGUGCAGUACUUGACUACCCAGCAGUACACACCGACCUUCAGCAUUAAAACAUGGUUCAAAUAAUGUCAGUUGUUUUUGUUACGUUGAUGCAACAUUGAAACAAUGUACAAUUCUUGCGUUUAAUGCUGUGACGGGAAGACGUUAAAACAGCGAUGCCCUGUCAACGCUGAGUCACCUUUCACAGUCAACACAUGAUCCAGUGGUCAUCCCACCAUGACUAUGACGUCGGUUCAACCAUGACUCAGCGCUGAAAUGCCUGCUGGGAAAAUACACUCACACCAACUCUACACAUCCAUGUCAUUCUUCAGCACAAGCUUCAAAACCUGCCAGCACCUGAUGGUCGGGAGAGUUCGGGUUUAGCUCUCAGACAUUUCGCACAUCAAACAUUUUGACAAGUGGAAGCAGGGAGCGAUCAUGUGGGACUAAUAGCAUUAAUGAUAUAGGUGCUCUAGCAAGUCAUUAGGCACAACGGCACCUGGAACGUGGAACAUGUAAUUGCAGUGCAGCUUAAUUGUGAUUAAUAAUUACACCUCUGCUUUUCAGCUUGUCCAAAUACCGGCUGUGAUGGAGCAAAGACUCACAAACACGUGCUUGACAAUUGUAAUUUUCAAUUAAACAACUGGAAGGUAAAAAGCUGUUAUUAAAAUGAACACAGGAUUACACAAAAUUACAAUUAUCUCCGUGAAAGCUAAUUCAAGCUCCAUGCAAAUGACCCUGUGUAGCUGUUGUCUACACAAUUAACAGAUGGGAUAAUAAAUAUGCAAAUAAUGUUAUAUAUUUACAUUUAUAUGGAAACAGUGUAACAGCAAUGUUUUGAUUGAAUUGGAAAAUCAGAUGAAUACCUAAAAUUAUUCUGUCUUAAAAACUGUGCAAUUUCUUUCAGUUUCCUUCAGACAACUUUUAUUUAUACAGCACUCCACCCACUCACAACAAAGGCUUUAUCAAGGCUCUUUACAUAAAGCCAGCUCCUAAUUGUUGCCAAUCAGUAUAUUGUUAUUCAAAUAAUCGUGGAGAAAGAAACCUCCAGCUCAAUGUGGAGAUCCAUCUGCCUCGACCGGUUGUGGUGAAGGGAUAGAGAGAGAAACGAGGAGAAACAACAGGCAGCAACAGAACCCAAGCAACAGAACCCAAGCAGGAUGGUUGGACCAGAGACUGGAGAUAGGUCUAUGGCAGCUUAGCCAUAUAACAACAAGCUUCAUCAAAAGGAAGACUGGUCUUAAAGUUGAGAGGGAACCUGCACUGAAGCUGCUUCCACAGGACAGGAGCUCGUGGCUAAAGGCUCUGCGUCCGGUUCUACAUUUAGAAUCUCUGCCACCGUUGACUGUCUCUAACAUUUUCCAUAGCGUGGCUCAUUGUUUACGAGCCAGUCUUACUAGGGCUCAGAGAGCUUUAGCUAACAGUUCUGCUUAAUGUGCUGCUGAGAAACACCUCCCACCGGGGCCCGGUUUCACUGGCACUAACUGGAGGGCAGGACGAUGGAUCCCAUCGAGUCCAACUGUCUGUUACGAACACCACAGUGGCUCCAGAGCCACAGCUAUGUCCCGCUGUUAUUCUGGGGUCUCGGUAAUGCAGUAAUGGGGCAUGUGUUUGGCUAUUGUCCCUAAAUCUGGCAAAGGAGGCUGGGGCCGGUGAGGGAAUAGCCUUCUUUACCUGAGUCCCUGCCUAAAGAAGGCAUGGAGUAUUUAUAGUUCAUAAUGUACCAUUGUACAGUCACUAUAUUUACCCCUUGUUGUGAGCUGCUCCGUCAUAAAGCCCCAAGAUCCUGCUCAGUCCUGAUCCUGCUACCACUUAAAUAUGGCGCCCAAGAAAGCAAAGAAGAGAUCGGAGGGGGGCGGCUCCAACGUCUUCUCCAUGUUCGAACAGGCCCAGAUCCAGGAGUUCAAAGAAGCUUUCACCAUCAUGGACCAAAACAGGGACGGCUUCAUCGACAAGAGCGAUCUGAGAGACACGUUCGCAGCCUUAGGUCGGUUAAAUGUCAAGCAGGAGGAAAUUGAUGAGAUGCUUAAGGAGGCAUCAGGACCCAUCAAUUUCACCGUCUUUCUCACCAUGUUUGGAGAGAAACUCAAAGGCGCCGACCCAGAGGAGACCAUCCUUAACGCUUUCAAAGUGUUUGACCCUGAGGGAAAAGGAACACUAAAAAAAGACUUUGUGACAGAGAUGCUCACAACCCAAGCAGACAGGUUCUCCCCUGAAGAGAUGGAACAGAUGUUUGCAGCGUUUCCUCCAGAUGUAGCAGGAAACCUAGACUACAAAAACCUGGUGUACGUCAUCACACAUGGUGAAGAAAAGGACCAGGAAUAGAGCCGCUCACAAAGAAUAAGGAAGAAACCGAAGGAUAAAAUAGAUGCAGCUUCCUGAAUGUGCCUCCCACAAAAAGGCUGCUUCAAACAUGAUGCAUAAUUACUUAUAGAUAUUUAUUUUACAGUACAGGAUUGGUCCAAACUGUUGAGUGAUGGAACUCAGCUGUCACAUGACCUGCUCUCCCAUGAAUAAAUAUCUGCAUGAAAACAGUGUGUCACUGGCAUGCAGUAAAGCAGAAGUUGAAUAACUCAUGUAGCUCAGCGUCAUCCAGAACCAGGACAAUCUAUAUCCCAAUACAAAAUGUUAAAUAAAUGGACCUUUUUUCUAUCUCGUAUUUUGGUAUAAUCUGUGACUCCUCCAAUAAUAUGCUGACUGAGUGUGUUUGACCACUGUUUGAAACGGAUGAUUGCAUUCUGUAGACAGUUGAAUCCAAGAUCCUUUAGAAGGUAGAAUAAGUGUAAUGAAAUAUGACCUAUAAAAUGUCUUUCGUUUUUUGAAUCUUGUAAAAAUAGCAAAUUUGACCAUCUUCCAUUAAAGUAAAACAUGUUUGGCCUCA